AUGGUGGAUCGGUUCUUCUGUGUUGUUUUUCCGCUGAAACGAGACAGAUUCUGCACACGAAGAAACGCCACGAUCGUCUGCUCGUGUCUGGCUACAUUGUCAGGUGUGCUGACGUUCCCGCUAGUGCUUGACUUGAAGAAAAUAAAAGGCUUAAACACACAAUGCUAUGUGAAAGAUGAAUAUAUGGCCUAUUAUUAUUUCGUACGCCUAGUUCUCACCUCAACCCUUCCCUGCCUGUUGAUUCUCAUCUUCAACAUUGUGAUUGGAAUCCACAUCCAGCGCAGCAGCACGUUCCGAAAGAGAUUUGCCUCGUCGAACAACUCUGCCAACACAGAGACGAAGCUGGACAAGUCGCUUCGUCCUCUUAUGCUCAUCUCCAUUUUGGCUUUCGUCACAAUUGUCCCUUUAACUGUCGUAGAAUGCAUUCUUAGGUUCCUGUUAAUAACUGAAUCAGGUUUUCAAACCGUAGUGAUUCUAGUCAAAAUGUGGGAAAUUUUCAACAUUGUAUACCUGAUCAAUUUUGGACAGAAUCUGUACAUCCUGAUGGCCAGUUCAGCUAACUACAGGAAGAUCAUGAAGACAAAGCUGACGUGCAGGGGCAGGAAAUCCUCCAGACUGAAAGACAAGGUCACAGUGUCACGAUUUCCAUGGCAGGUUUCUGAAUCCGCUGAUCUCAGAAUGGAUGGAUCAGAAUCCGGAACCAGACAGUAUAUUGAGAUGUCCAUCACAUCAGUUACCUUUCCUGCUAAAGAUUCUGAAGAUCGUUCAAAACAUAUCAAGACACAAACUAACCAAAAACGUUAA